UUCGUCUACAACAACAACAACAACAACAACAACAAUUUAUUUCCGUAUCCCGAUCCCAUAUGAGUACGUGAUAUUACCUUAAAAUAUAAUAUACAUAUGUAAUAUGUAUAUGUAUGUAAUGUAUGUAUGUAAUGUAUGUAUGUAAUGUAUGUAUGUAAUGUAACUAAAUUACAAUAAUUUAGUGGAUUAAGUAAUAGUAUCGGUCUGCCUGUAAUAGAUGGAAUAAAUUAGCCAGUGCAUGAAUGUGAUUUUAGUCUGCCUGGCAGGCGUUCAAAGGGGAGGGAGAUGGGAAAACCAGUAGACUGCAAAGUUCUCCCCUCGGUGCAGUUUUCAGAUAGUCGAGCGAGAUAAAAAAGUGGCCGAGACGAGGCAGAAGGGAGAAUCACCAAUGAAAAAAAUCUUCACAAAUGGGCUUAUCUCAAUCGUUCAUCGCUCUCUGAAGAUUUGAGUUCGCAUGACUGUUUGAUCGAAUAAAGGAAUGUUUGCUGUCUAUUAGCUUCUGUUGUUUUACCUUUGGCUGAGUGUUUUACUGGCAAGCAUCCGGAUGUUCCGGUCCUCCCCACUGCCUUUGAAGCUCAACUAGCAGUAUAAUAUUGACGGAUGAACAGUUUCUCAAACAUUUCAAAUGUUUGAGAACAUGAAUCGAAAUCUUUAAAGACAACUGUUUUCUUAGCGUGGAAUCGAAAGAGGUAACUUUUUAUCACAUUGUCUCCCCAAAUGUAAAGGUGUGAAUGAAUCAUGAGGCGGGGCAUGUGGGUUGCCGGUUGUACGUGGGGGUGGGUGGAGGCAACCACAUUCGGUGUCUGGUAGAGGUUAAAACGGAAACAUUGUCAGCACCUUCAACAAAAUUACGCGAGAAAAAAACAUAUUAGUAGCGCUUGUCUGCAUGCAAGGAAAGCUCAACAACUGGCCGUUAGCUGUAUUUUCCCUCUCUCUAUGCUCUGCGUGAUGUUGAACUCAGGUGUGACUGGAAAUCUGGUACUUGCUGUUUUGUGUUUUUCUGUUCAAGCGCGCAGUAUACAGAAUCAAGGUGAUGACACUACACUAGCAGAAGCUGAUAAAACCGACAAAACCAACACAGCAAAAACAGCUUUUGCAAUGAUUAUGGAAGCGAACGGCAACAACGGAAGAAGUAGAGACGGAUACGAGCUAUUUCAAGGUGACAUUUUGAUGACCGACGACAUUCGAAAGGAGUUGCGAGACAUGGGACUAUAUCCAUCUAAUGCAAACAAAUCGCGUGACAGUCAGACAAGUCCAACAAGGCGAUCUAAACGAGCCGCCAUAUCAAGUCUCGCAAGGAGAUGGAUUGGCGGGAAUGGAGUACCGGAGAUCCCGUAUCAACUUGAACCGAGUGUUCGUCACGCCCAUCGUUUAAUCAAGCAAGCAAUGGAUCACUGGGUAAAACACGUACCGUGCCUGCGCUUCGUACAGCGUACAAACCAGCGGUCUUACAUCAGUUUUUUUGCUGGGGGAGGGUGUUUUUCGAACGUGGGACGGCAAGGAGGGUUUCAGCGGAUUUCCAUAGCACGAGGCUGUGAACACCUUCAUAUAGUAGUACACGAAAUAGGUCAUGCUCUGGGGUUCUGGCACGAGCAGUCUCGGCCCGACCGAGACCGUUACAUCAACAUUUACUGGAACAAUAUCUACCCCCGGUUUAGAUAUGCGUUCCACAAGUAUGCAGACGGUCGAAUCAAUAGUCUUGGUGUUUCGUAUGACUAUGACAGUGUAAUGCACUAUGACUCGCGUGCUUUCAGCAUGAAUGGCCGCACAACUAUCGCUCGUAAAAAUGGCGACACGCGCCUCGGAAACACACGGGGACUAAGUGCUAAAGACAUCCAGCAGGCGUGGUUCCUGUACUGUAGAACCAAGCCAACAGACCACCCACCGACAUUAAAACCUACCAUUCAUUCACCAGGAGGUUGUCGCUACACUGACAAACACAGGUAUUGUCCUUAUUGGGCCUCUCAAGGAUUCUGUAAAACUGAACAUAAGGAUUACAUGGACCUGAACUGUCAGAAGAGUUGUCUUUGUGUGGAGAAUGCGUGCCAAGAUAAAGGCAGCAACUGUGGCCUACGGGCAAACAGUGGAUACUGCAUUUCGUACAAAGAUUACAUGGAAACAUAUUGCAAGAAAAGUUGUAGAAAAUGUUGACUGUUAUAAAAGAGCUGUAGAUUUAACAAACCAGGUUAAAACUUUGAAUAAAGCCGUGAGUGCUUUGCGUAAUAGGACAUUGUAGUUUAAUUUCGGUGUAAAGCCUUCGUAUUACAUUAGGUUUUAUUUCAGUUGCGCCUUGCUGAAAAACAGUAGCGUUGUCAUUUGGCAGCCGCCAAUCCCUGUGUUAUGUAAACACGUCCCCCCUCCACCCCCCUC